UACCCCUCACCAAAAACCUCUGAAACGAAAAAUUCAUCUGGAAAUUUCAAAAACAAAAAAACCCAAAUUUUUUUUCAAAGAACCCUUUUUUUUUUGGAGGAUUUGAGGUAGAAUUUCGUGUUAUAUAUGGUGUCAGUGUGCCGGAAUCCAGUACGUGGUCAGGAUUUUUGUUAUUACAAUUACAUGGAUGGGGAACCGAUGAAAACGGGUACGAUGGCGAUGAGGAAUGCUGAUAACAAUUUAUUGAUAGUGGCGGAAAGCGGGAAUGCGGGUGCAGGUGUGGAGGACCAGAAUAAGAAGGUCCGGAAGCCGUAUACUAUAACCAAGUCUAGGGAGAGCUGGACUGAGCAAGAGCACGAUAAAUUCCUCGAAGCCCUUCAACUAUUUGACCGUGAAUGGAAAAAGAUUGAAGCUUUUGUGGGGUCAAAGACAGUUAUCCAGAUUCGUAGCCAUGCUCAGAAAUAUUUUCUGAAGGCCCAGAAGAAUGGAACGAGUGAACACGUACCUCCGCCACGUCCAAAGAGAAAAGCAGCCCAUCCAUAUCCACAAAAGGCUCCCAAAAAAGUUGUGUCUCAAGCCACUGGAUCAUUGCAGUCUUCAGCUUCUCUACUGGAGCCUGGAUAUGUUGUGAGGCCGGAUCAGUUGUCAGUACCUGGAAACACAAUUGAUAGGGCUGCCUUAUCGCCUUGGACUUAUAAUGUUGUUCCCGCAGGCAGUAUGUCACACAUGUCAAGAGAUGACAUGGGAUUAGCCAGUUUAGCAGUGACACGUAAAUGUAGUCGUGGCAGUAAUGAAAGCACUCCUCAGCUGUUGCCAAGUAAUGAAUCAAAUUCCCAAGUAAAAGAGAAACAAGGCCCACCAACAAAAGUUAUGCCUGAUUUUGCAAAAGUCUACAGCUUUAUUGGUAGUGUCUUUGACCCUAAUGCAAGUGAUCACUUGGAAAGACUAAAGAAGAUGGACCAGAUAAAUGUUGCAACAGCGGUGAUGUUGAUGAAGAAUCUAUCUAUAAAUUUGAUGAGUCCUGAAUUUGAGAAUCAUAGGAAGAUGUUAUCAUCACACAGUGUUGGCAUCGAGGAAGAUAGGUUCGAUAGCCCUUUCAAAAAUCUUCAGGUUGACAAACUCGGGAAUGUAAUUACAACUGCGUAGAAAGGAAGGUGUACGUCCCAUUUGCAGUUCAUAAAGUUCCAUUUCCGACAUCCUCUGCUUAUUUCAGGUCUACUGAAGAAUAGUGGAACACGAAGGUCCGGGUUCAUCUUGCAUUUUCCAUGCCGUUUGUACAUAUAAUGUAGAAACAGUGAAGGAAUGGUCUGUUCUCUUAGGCGUCCUAAGACGAGUUCAUAGAAACUGUUAUGCAUAUAUAUGUUUUUUUCAUUUUCGAUCUUGUGUACAUGUUCUGAAAGUAUUACGAGGUUUUAUUUAACUCAUCGUAUCGACUAGUUUUUGAUAGUUUUGUCGCUGUGCUUGUUGAGAGUUAAAUGUUGAGACAAUGUGAUCUAUAAUAGGUUGGUUUUUUACAUGA